AUGGCGACCUCAACAGUCCAGGCGAUGGGGAUCGCAUUCCCCAACGCGACCAUUGCCGGCCUUGGCCCUUCUCCCGCAUUCACCACCGUCCUCGAGGAGGUGGGAAAGGCUAAUGUCCACCUGAACAUUCUCGAGCGCAUGUGGGCUGCGUGGUAUCUCUGGAUGCAGAACGACACCAUUGCUACCGGCAUCAUGAGCUUCGUCAUGCACGAGCUCGUCUACUUUGGCCGUUCCCUCCCUUGGAUCAUCAUCGACGCCAUCCCCUUCUUCAACCGCUGGAAGAUUCAGAAGGUCAGCAGCGUCUGCAACACACCUUCAAGAGUCGAAACACUCGCUAACUCCAAGCAGACCAAGAUCCCGACCUGGAAGGAGCAGUUCGACUGUGCCAUGCUCGUCCUCCUCGGCCACUGCACCGUUGAGCUUCCCCAGAUCUGGCUCUUCCACCCCAUCGCCACCUACUUCGGCCUGGAGUACGGCGUCCCGUUCCCGUCCAUCUGGAAGAUGGCCUAUCAGAUCUUCAUCUUCUUCGUGAUCGAGGACGCCUGGCACUACUGGUUCCACCGCGCGCUGCACUACGGCCCGCUCUACAAGUCGAUCCACAAGCUGCAUCACACCUACAGCGCUCCCUUCGGUCUGGCCGCUGAGUACGCCUCCCCGAUCGAGGUCAUGCUCCUCGGCUUCGGUGUCGUCGGCUCCCCCAUCGUCUGGGUCUCGCUCACCGGCGAUCUGCACCUCUUCACCAUGUACAUGUGGAUCGUCCUGCGUCUCUUCCAGGCCAUCGAUGCCCACAGCGGCUACGACUUCCCGUGGUCUCUGCGUCACUUCAUCCCCUUCUGGGCUGGUGCCGACCACCACGACCUGCACCAUGAGAAGUUCAUUGGCAACUACGCUUCCAGCUUCCGCUGGUGGGACUACUUCCUUGACACCGAGGCCGGCGAGGCUGCUGCCAAGAAGCGCCGCGAGAAGAAGCUUGCUCAGCUCAAGGCCAAGAAGACUCAGUAA